UGUUCUUCCCAUCCUAUCCAACCUCUCUCUCUCUAUCUCUCUAUCUCUUUUUCUAGCCAUUGCUAGAUAAAAGGCCUUGGUAUUCAUGGUGUCUUCUUUGCAACUUUCAAGAAAAAUGAAUGUGAAGGGAGAUGGAAAAGAAGAAGUUUUCAUUUGAAUGCCUUGGAGCCCAAGAACCCUUGCAUUCAAAGGAUACAUCAUUAUCUCCAUAAAGGUGCUGCUCCCAUGGCAACCAAGGCGAAAGGGCUCUUCAAGGGGUUCAAAAGUAUCACCCAAAUCUUUGUUGCCAAGGAGCAUGAGAUGGAGAUUGGAUACCCAACGGAUGUGAAACAUGUGGCCCACAUUGGUUGGGAUGGUGCAUCUGCAAAUUCUCCUAGUUGGAUGAAUGAGUUCAAGACAUCAAAUGAUUUCUCAACCUCUAGCAACCAUGGACGGACCAAAGAGACCACUUGUAUUUCUCAAGGAGAUUUUGAUCAGCCUAGAGGAGUCCAGCCAACAGUUUCGACAAAUAUAAAUUGCACUCAGCCUGAUAAACCUAAAGCUUCUAGAAAGACGAAACGAAAAAAGUGUAAGGUUUCAUCUCCAUCGUCUUCGACAAGAUCUUCCCGAAGAUCAUCAAGGUCAAGAGCUGCGCAAUGCACUACAGCUGAGGAAGCUGGUGAAACAAGCCAGAUUUGUACAUUAGAAUAAUUUUUAGGAUAAAACCAUGAGAAGGACCAUAAGACUUCAACUUGUUUGUUGAAUCUCCGGCACGAGACUUCUUUGAUGGCUAGCUUAUGUACAUAAAGAAUGAUGCACCAUAAGCUUGAUUGACGGGACCAUAUUGUUAAGCAGAAUUCUUCUUUGGCCGAGUGAAUGCUGUGAACCAAUAUCUCUGAAGUUCUUUUUGCUCGUCAAUGGCCUGAAUUCUGAACCUUACAUUGCUUGUUAGAUGUUUUAUUUUAUGAGGGAAGAGAGAGAGGAAGGAAGGAGGUAAGUUUAUAAGCUGGUAAUCUACUUUUCUAAGUUUGACUA